CGUACUUUCCCCCAAAUGGCACCUUCGAAAGGCGCCGGUGCACCGUCGCCAGCGAGAACAACCGCAGGCGCCUCAGAAGCCGACAUCGCCACAAACAAAGCCCUCCUCUUCCACGCUGAGGCCGCGCGGCUGGCGAAAUCAUGGCUGCGGGGCGCAACGACAGGUGGUGACGGACGAGACGAGAACGAGGACGAGCAGGACAAAGCCGAAGCAGCUCUCGAAAAGGAAUUCCUGCGGAACAGAGACUUGUACUCCGAGACUGGGGGCGUUGGAUAUCACCCUCCCACCACGGGAUCCGCUUCGUCGACUUCGGCGCCUGGCGUCAAUGAUGCCACGACGAUGUUCUUGAGAAAGCAAUUGCUGCGCGGCCGCACCACAAAUGGCAACGUACAUGCUCACAAUGCCACGACCACUCGACCGAGAACACAGCCGCAGGCAUCAAGACGUGAGAAGAGCGGGGGAGAUUCGGACGAGGAAGAGUCCCGCUCGGGGGUGGGAAAGAGUAAACGACAAGCCAAAAACAUACGGGUAGCGGCCGGGAGCGAAACCGCAAAACCGGCACCACAGAUAGAAGAGGAGGAGACGGGAGAUGCGUUUGAGAAGUCGGGCGCCAAUUCGGCCCUUGACCAGUCGCGCGGAGAAUCCGACAGCGUUGUCCAGGCGCCCGAACCCGACAUCCUCCAUGUAGCCCCGCCGAAAACGAGCAAGAAACGCGGAGCGGCUAGUUAUCUAGACGAGCUCCUCGCCUCUCGAGCAGUAAAGAAACAGAAGAAGAAAAACAAGAAGAGCAAGAGCCUCGUCGAGUCGGCGCCGGGAUAGGUGCAAUGGAACGACAGCCAAUACGACUUGAGACUUCAAAAGAUCAUAUAAGGAUUGUGAAGCCCCAGAUGCGAGCUUCUAUAUAUCAUGUCUGCUCCGACGACCAAUCCUCCCCUGCAAAUGCGAGCAGACAUUCGGGGUACAUCCACGGUGCAAAGCCGGCGCUGGAGAGUCUCUAAAGCUCAGUCCAAAGUUUGCACGCGAUCUGAUCCACAGCACCAGACCAAAUCAGCCAUCUGGUAAUUUUGGCUCAAUAAUCCAACCCUGGUUGUCACCUUCCCAGUCGUCUGUGCUCCAAAUAUCAUUUCAAACUCCAUAUCUCUACCUUUCGGAGAGUGCAGUGCUGAUGAAAAGGCCGCCAGAAAAUAUACACCACAAACGUCUCGCUAGAGCCAAAUGCCUUGCCGAACUCACGGUCGAAUAUGGACUCCGGAAAUUAUCAUCCAUUUUCCCUGUCGGUAUAUACAACAUGAUAACCGUUAUGUGAACACAUCGCCUUUCACCCAGUUGUCCAAACGAAUUUUUGCUCAGGCUCCGAUAGAGGUUGGCCCGGUCCAGUAAAAAAAUGGCAAAAUUCUCAAUCAUGUCAGUCGUUUCCGUUUCCGGUCGUCAUCUCGGCCUUGGCCAGGUCCUUCAUCCUCGUUUUCCUGCUCCGCUGUCUCAGCGGGGUUCAGCAAUGAAUGUAAAGUCGCCAUGCUUCCUCUCCGCGUCGCUGGAGCGGAAUGCAACUCGAAAUUUGGCCGCGGGAAUUUGCUGCCUCCCAGUGGCCAUGGCACGUUCUCGACCCCGAGGCCCGCAGGCGGUGCCUCGGAGCUAGAGGUCAGGGGUGGUGUGGGUUGGCUAGCCUGGCCAGGCGCAGCUGUCCUCUUCGGACCAUUAAUCUCAUAUUGAGCCAGCUGAUCACGAAUUUGUUGAUCUCCCGCAGCCUGAGGUGGCUGCUGUGGUGAAGAUGGCUGCCAUUGCACGGACGAUUGUCCAGAAGCAUAGGGAGAACCGUUCCCAUUAGCGGGCGGCCAGCCGUGUUCUCGAAUAUCAGCUGACGUGUGCCUUCUCGCCAAGUUCAAUGGUGGUGGUGUCACCACCGAGGCCAACGGAUGCACGCUGGCGGGCGGCUGUGGCGGGAGGGCCGGACGACUGAAUCCGGGAGAGACAUGCGGGAUGCUAAUCGACCCAAAGCGACGCGGCGAGGAAGAAGAAAACUGAGGUGGUAUCGGCGGGACAGGAGGACGUAAUCCUACAUGCUGCGACUCGAUCUGGACGGAGGAUCUUCGGCUGUCUGGAUAAUUGAAUCCCCGUGGAGAAAGCGGCGGUUCCAGUGUGGAACUGCCGGGGUAGAAUGACUGUCUGCCAUUUUGCAGGGACUCUUGGGGAGCCUCUAAAGCCCGCACAUAUUCCAGCUGUCGCGCAAUCUCCUUUUGCAUGCUCGCGAUAUCCGCGUACAGUGCUGAAUCAGGGGAGGACAUGUUCUGGACGGCACUUGUGAGAUUAUUAAGCCAUGAAUGGCAUCGGAC